GCUUUUGCCUCUUCUUUUGACCUGCUGCCGCCACCUUCUGACCAGCUGUACUGCCAGCGGCGGCUCCCGUCGCGGCGGCCUUCUUGGCGACCUUCUUUGACUUUUGUGCUUGCAGAGUUGCGCUAUCGACGGAGGAAGCGAGGGAAAAUUGACAGUCUGUCAAUCUGGAGUUACACGGAACGUCCAGCUUGAAUGCACGCUGCUACUCACAGAUCACUCUUCGCAGCUCCCUUGACCUCUCCCAGCCUCUGCGCCAAUGGCAGACCGCCUAGUCUUGAUUGCAAAGAUUGUGUCUGCUGUGUCUUGGGUCCUUUGGGUGCCGCUGAUGGCAACAAGACUACAGUAGCUCCAUUGGCUCAUUGCAUCGUCUGCCCUGGCUCUGCUGGGCCCGGUAGGCGUAGCGACGGCGGUUGUGUCUUCUUCGAUCACGACGCUCAGGAUGCGCCCAUCCGCGAGAGCUCGAUCCAGCUGCUCAACGGCCUUCUUGGCUCCUGCCCUCUCCUCGAAGAGCACCUCGAAAGAGACACUGCCUGCAUCGCCAGAGCGCCUCUCCUUGACGCGGAUGAUAUCACCGAAUUGCAGGAAGGUUUGGCGUACAUCUUCAGCAGAGGUUCCCUUGGCCAGAUUGGACACAAGAGCCUGCGUAGGGAUACUCGAGGAACCACGGAUACUUAGUUGCGAAGGCGCCUGUGGCGUUUGCUGCUGCUGUUGCGGCGUGAAGCUGCCCUGGGAUGAGCCGUUGCGCUGGGGAGUGGGGCGC